ACCUACGAACUGGGUGAUGCUCGAGGCAGCUCAUGGAUCCCCGAAGGCUUUGGUUUGAAGUGCGACGUCGGAAGCAUCGACGUAAGCGAAGGGACGUUCAUGGCCUCCUGCCCUCAGGGAACCCCCAAGUGGGAGGUCGAGGGCGAGAGGUGCGCCCGCGUCCCCGUGCCUGCCUCUGAGGACGAGCGGAAGCUGGACUUGUCGCUGGCGUCGAGGUACUUCUUCAGUCCUGUGUUCUUCCUCGAGGAGGCACAGGUCCAGCUAGGGACGAGUGCAGGAGGAUCUGUGACGGCCUCUGGGGCCAGGCUAUCUCCGCUUCCGCCGUCGACGCAGCGGGUUGUGCUCUCCUUUGUGCCUGACGGAGGCAAGGUGUCUGUCAAGGUGUUGAUGGCAGAUGAGAUGUUGCAUAUGCUGACCCUGAGGAAAGACCCACGAGAAGUGAAGGUGUGUGGAAGGAGAUCGACGAAGUUUAUGCUGGUGCUGAACUUAGAGACUAAGCGAACGAAGAAAGAACCUGCAGUAUUCACAGAGAUAAAUUCCUGUCCUACGAAACUGAUGAUGGAGUAUGUUAUUGGCGGAAUGGGGGCGCUAGUGGUGAUGCUGGUUGCCUGCUUGGCGGUCUCUCUCUUCCGUCGAUCACAUGCUAACCAGGCCCGCAGGGGAUCUUGCGCCCGCCGCCGCCCAGCCUCGAGGAGCUCGCCUGAGGACCCCCACAAGCCUGCCGCUCAGCACCUCGCACGCCCCAACUCGGCUUACCUAGAGCCCCGGGCGGGCGUCCCGUGGGCGUUUCCAGCAGGGCCGAGGAUCAGCUCGAGUCCUGAACACAUUUACGAAGAGGUGGACGACGACGCCGGAAUUUCAUCGAGGGCUUCCUCCUGCAGCCAAGAUUUUGAGGGUCGGUUGAGCAACGGGGUUGAUGCCUACGUUAAUGCUGUGAAGUGAGUGUGCUUGUUUCUCUUACAUCUAUCUAUCUAUAUACACACACGCACAGGCACACAC